UGUCAUUGCUGUCUUACUGCAACUACCGCGCCGCCAACCUCUCGUAAAUUUAGAUUCGGACAUGCUCUCUGGAGGAAAGCUUGUCGCUGAUGAUAGCCCCCAGCAACCACCGAGACGAAUCAGCGAGAGUCCCUCGAGUCGGUUGGCCCCUUUGCGCUUUCAUUUCCCGCCCCCUACCCCAAGAUCCCCCGUCACAUCACAUCCCGUAACUGCGAGAUCGUCCCAUCUGUUGGCUGCAUUUGCGGUUAAUUGCUAUUACACCAAAUCCUCCGCGCGAGUCCCCUGGGGAGGACCUGCAGCUGCUUUUGACCACAAGAAGCCAAAGGGCAUAGCUGAUUGAUGAUUUGCUAGGAGAAACUGCCAUGAUUGAUUACUUCUUCCUCGUCCUUCGCAAUCUGAGAACAUGUCACCAAAGCCGAAGGAAGACUAAAAGAUGAAUACGCGAACUAUGCCCCGCUGCCCUGUGCCUGACUCUCCGUAGCGUCUUCAUCGCAGCAGCCCAUGAUGCCAAAUUUCCC